UUCCGCUUCUGGCAGUGCUAGAGAUACAGGAGGGCGUGUCCUCAGUUUGAGCCAAUCACAUGCUCCCCCGGCUCUUGCUAGCGGCUGCUCGGAAGGGUUGGCGGCUUGUGGGACGGAUAGCGAGCAUUUCCGGGUUAGGAGGAAGAAGGAAUGAGCUGUCUGUCACUGGAGCCUGGGUGGCUGUUGUGGCUGCUAAGGAACGCGUCCCCAGGGCUUUCUCCCUGAGUGAGACAUACCGGCUCCCUGAGCUGCAAUGCUUUAGGCUGCGGUACUGUACGGAAGGCACAGGCCUGGCCCCGGGGUGCAGUCAUUUUCUAGGCAUAAGGACGGUAUAUACGCACCGCUGGCAGGCUUCAGGGUAGGGAUCCCUCCAUACAGCUGCAGUAUUAUGGGCUCGGAGAACAGCUCCCUGCGAGGAUUUACUCUCCAAGAUCCUCCCUGGACUCAACCAUCUGGGCUCACUAUAUACCCGGCUCUCCUAGCGGAGGGGCGUCCUGCUUCUGUGUUUGUCUAUCAGCCGGAAAAUCAGGAUAAAGUGGAUAAAGCUGCCAAGCACUUGAAAACACUGCGUCACCCAUGUCUGCUGCGCUUCCUGUCUUGUGCAGUGGAGGAGGAUGGCAUCUACUUGGUGACAGAACGGGUGCAGCCCCUGGAGAUGCUUCUAGAAAAGUUGUCAACAGAUGAAAUCUGUGCUGGCAUCUAUGAUAUUCUGCAAGCUCUGGUUUUCUUACAUGACCGGGGUAAAGUGUCCCACAACAAUGUCUGUCUGUCCUCUGUGUUUGUGAGUGAAGAUGGGCACUGGAAACUUGGUGGUAUGGAAAUGGUCUGUAAUUUAACAGAAGUGUCUCCUGAGUCGGCGGAAUUUGGGAUUAUUCCAAUGGCCCUCAGUCAUGCCCGUGAUGCAUUCUCGUUUGGUCGACUGAUUGAAAGUCUUUUGGCCCAUGUUAGUGAUCAAAAUGAACCAUUGUCCAACUUUAAGUCAACCGUGAAGAACUCUCUCCUGAACCCAGAACCAGAACUCCGACCUGCACUCUCCACUUUACUAUCCCAUGAUUUCUUUAGGAAUGAUUUCUUAGAAGUUGUGAACUUUUUGGAAAGCUUAACUGUGAAAACAGAAGAGGAGAAGAAUGAGUUUUUCAAAUUUCUUUUAGACAGAGUGUCGUCUUUGUCAGAGGAACUUAUCUCUUCGCGGCUGGUUCCUCUGUUACUGAAUCAGCUUGUGUUUGCAGAGCCAGUGGCAGUAAAAAGCUUCCUACCCCAUCUUCUCAGGCCAAAGCGAGAUAUUAUGGGACGAACCCGAGAAGAUUGCCUUUUGUCCCCAGCACUCUUUCAGAGUCGGGUCAUCCCUGUGUUGAUGAAGAUGUUCGAAGUCCAUGAAGAACACGUGCGUGUGGUUUUGCUGACCCACAUAGAUGCCUAUGGGGAGCUUUUCACUUUGAAGGAACUAAAAGAUAUAAUUCUUCCACAGGUUCUCUUGGGCUUGAGAGACACCAGUGAUAUGCUGGUGGCAGUUACUCUUCGUGGCCUGGCUGCCUUAGUCUGUCUGCUUGGGCCUGAGACGGUUGUGGGAGGUGGAAGGGUAAAGAUCUUCAAAAGUACAACACCAGGAUUUACAAAAAACGCAGACAUCACUCCAGAAGGUUCCCCAGUGCAUUCCAUCUAUAAACAGCAGAUGUUGCUGAAUCAGGAGAACGUGCUGGCUAAAGGCGCUCUCUCUGGGAUCAAGCCAGCCACCCCGAGCAGUCUCUUUCACCAGCAUCGCACAAACCCUUCCAGCAAAUUCACUAGUGCAGAUAGUUGUUCAUCUCUGAAUGGAAUCACUGACCUCAAGAAGCCAAAGGUAACCAGCCAUACUAUUGUAACCAAGCCGCCAGAAGAUUGGGUCGACUGGAACGAACCGGAGCCGUUACAGGGCACGGAGCAGCCUGUGAGGGAGAAGGUGCAGCCAGCAGAAGAGAUUCGGAUCCAUGUGCUCCCCCAGGACAGUGAACCAUGGGAUGAUUUUGGCUCAUCUGAUGAUAUUUCUGAACCAGCGGCUGCUGAAGGUCCAGUCCCUGCUCAGCAGGACGUUGGAGAGGGCACUAAUAGCACUGCUCAUUUCACUUCCAGUCUUAGUUUGGACAGUAAUUCAGUUGCUCCGGUCACCAACGCCCCAAACCAGACUAAGGGAACAAACAAACUUGUUUUAACUCACCCUAAAGCCCCCCAUGAAAAGAAAUCCGCCCUGGGGUUUGGUCUGGGAGAGGAAUUUACAAUAACAGUAAAAAGCACAAGCAGAGAUCCUGAGCUCGACCUGUUCGCUGACAUGGCGCCCGAUAUCAAAGUGUCAUCGUCUGUGUAUAACGUACCUGCUGCUGGAACAAACGGGAUUCUUGCACAUUAUGGAGAGAUUAAAACUGAAGUUCCUGAUGCCAAAGGAAGUUCCCAAACAACUGCUUUCUCUUCCAAGUUUGCAGCUGCUGCAGUGACAGAGGCAGAGGGCGAAGGCUGGGGAGAGGAGAAUGACUUCAGCUGGGAAGAGGAUGCAAAUACCUGGUGACCCUUCUGGGGCGCGCAGCCCAAGCUACGUAAUGAAUAAGUGACCCCCUAUGGGACCCCUAGCCAGAGACUGAAGAGUGCCCUGUAUGCAGUAAUAUGAGGGGUGCUGGGGCACCUUGCACUGGAACGUGCACAAGGGGCAUUUCUUUGAGUGUAGGUGAUGCUAUGGGAAUGAAGGAGAUUUUCAGAUUUUAUAUCUUAUGGGCAGAAAUGUUUUAAACUGGGAAUUACGAGACUUUUGUACGAGACUUGGUGUUUGUCAUAAGAACAAGAAACCCAGAGAAAAAAUGCAGUUUCAAAGAAUAUAAAGAUUUAAUGGAAACCCUAUGCCACCAGUUGCCACUGUGCCAGGCUGAAAAGAAUCCUGAAAUAAUGCCACAGACUUUCUGUAUCCAGGGAUUUCCAGGUGUGUUUAAACUACAGCUCCCAGCAUCCCACGGGCUUGUGGUGGGAGUUGUAGUCCUGGCACAGCUGGGAUGGCAAAGGCUGCCUGCAAUGUGUGGCUUUCUGUUUUACUGAGAACAAUCCGCUUCAUUUAUCCCCUUGUGCUUUUUAGAUUUAAUUUCAGCAUUUGCUUUAUUUCUCCAGUUCUACAAACCUGUAGUUCAGAUCUGCACUGCUGGUUUCACUAAGGAAUAAGUGUUCUCCAAAUCGCAUUAUUUAAUGAGCACCGUACCCUUUAAUGUUCCAGGAUAAUUUUGGUUACAGGGCAGUGCCACGCUGGCACAGGUUAUGGCUGUACAGGCAAUGAGUACUCCCCUGCCUGUUGCCAAUGGCAUUAUACAGCAGGGGCUCUGUGGGAGUAGAGUGUGGGAGGGCUAGACACACAUGUUUCAUAUAUGGACUCUUGGUCACACAACUGUGCAGCAUACACACUGCGCCUGGGGCCUUUCCAAGCAACCUAAUGGGUUUUAUGUUUGUUAUGCCUGCUCUAGUCCCACUAUAGGGUAUGUGAUUUGAAGGGAAAUAUUCUGUACUUUGCCAGAGCUAGAAGUCACUGAUCUACAAUGUAUUCCAAGAGGCAGUAGCGCAUCUUUCACCGUGGCUGAUGAACUCCCACAAACAUACUUGGUCGGCCACAUUUUCAGCCCAGAGAGGCCACAUUCCAGUGGUAUCAGCAUUGAACUGCUGCCCAAGAGCUGUAGGUGGGCACGUUGUUAAACUAACAUGUCGCUCUGGGUAUAACCAGCCCUGGUGUAAGUGAUGAUAUAAAAAGAAAAAAA